AAAGAAAGUGAGAAGGAGGGAGACGCAUCGGCUACUGCUCAAAUCUUCAAAAACAUGUUGAUCUUGGAAGAGAGCUUAAGACAACAAUACAUGCAGCAGCAGAGUUUACGGCUUAAGUACAGCAUAUUUUUAGUGGUUAUGGUGAUCAUAUUUUCGUACUCUACAUAUGUGUCAUUGUUCCACUCAAUAUAUGUGCUAACAAAUAUAGUGCAUCAAGUUAUUUCCAUCAUAAUGCUUAUGACUUUGCUGUUAUUUUACCUCACCGGCGAAUAUACAAGGACAAUCUCCAUUCCACGCAAGUUUUUAGUUACAACAAACAAAGGCAUACGGCAAUUGAACGUUCGCUUAGUCAAGGUCAAAGUUCCCUUGAAAGAACGGAUCAUCGGCUUUAUCCAUUUGCAAUUGCAUAAUCAUCGGCAGGGGGUUGACCAUGCCCGCCUUGUUCUCAACCCAAGGGUCUUUUCGACGGCCACCAGAGAGCAAUGGGAGUUAUAUCGGAAUCAAUUUUGGGGUUUGGAGUCUGUUCGGAGCAGG